GAAGCUUGUCGCCUUUUUUUUGAUGUUCGUUGUAUACAAGAACCCGAACCAAGAAUUAAUAAGACGCUGGCAUUGAUGUUGGUUGCUCAAUGAUUGAUGAUGAAGAAGGAGUGUUUCCAAACGAAUACAACUAGAAGACGAUCUGGAUGAACUAGAUAGAACACGACAGUAGUUUGUUUUCCGAUAUUUACGUCCUCUAAUAAGAAGUGAAAAUGCCAGCGACCACUCGGUAUCUUGAGUUGCACCCGAAUGGAAUGCUCGACAUCGUCAUCAUGUCGAGUCUGUCCACAGCCGUGGCGCUUGGCUACAUCCCCAUGUGCAGCCCGUACGUACGGUUUGUACAGAUUGGGUGCGCGGUUGCGAGUGGGCAUCUUACGGGCCAGUAUGUCGAUUACAAUAUGCGCAUGCGACGGCGGAAUAUCUUCCAGCAGAUUACGCGACGACCAUUGAUAAAAAUCAAGGGUUCGGUUCGACUCCGCGACGCUGUGGCCUACCUCUACGGAACGCUUGCUUUCGUGUUGCAGAAGCUGUCGGUUACUGCGAAAAAGAUAGACCAAGAACAGAUGGCGGGUACCCGCGGAGAAUCACCGGCAGGCGGUGCUGAUGCAGCUGGGAGAGGAGGCGCAGGUGCGGCUGCAGGUGUAUCGGCCCGGCUACCUCCGUCCUCGUCCGCAAGCAAUCAGGUGCUAUUGAGUACGCGCGAUAUCCAGAAGCAAGCGCGGUUUCUGGAAGGUUUGUGCGAUUCGAUUGACCCCGAAGUGUGGAAAUUCGAUCCGUUCCCCCGUGAGCUAAGCACGCCGCAGCAUGCGGUAGCAGCUUGCGUGUUCAUUUUCGAGCAAUGGCAGCUUCACGUGAAGAACUACGCGCGAAGGGUGCUCCACAGUCCUGCAGGAAUGGGCCUGUUCUUCGAGUCUUGGAUGGACAAAGAGGAGCGUCGCUGCCUCGCGGAGUCCAUCCGCGCUUUAGCCGCGCACACGAUCUGGCGUCGAGAAGACCUUUGGAAACGCAGCAUGUUGCUGUCUCGUUUGUGUUUGCUCUUUCUGGCGGUACUCGACGUCUUACUCCAACGACAACAUGUCUUCGACGCGUUCCUACUGAAAACAAGUCCAUUUGUGGACGGCCGUGGACUUAACUUGUUGCACUGCACGUUCGAAGAGAAGGUGAAAAGAUGCUUGGCGGUGCUAAAACACUUGCUGGCUUUGAAUCGAGAACAACUGUGGCGAGAAGAAGCCGUCAAAAACCAUGCUGCCCACGACAGGUACUUACUUAUUUGUAUUGUCUAAAAUCCAAAAUAAUGAAGUCCUUUUUGAAUGUACUUUUGAUGCGAGGCUUAGGCUUCUAAGGACGUGAUUGUAGGACGAGGUGGUGGAGCUAUGGUAUCACGGCCUCCUCUUAUGUAAGUGCUCAUAUGGCGUAACUGACAGCAUAUGCAGAUGUACAACCUCUUCGCGUUGAUUCCACUAAGUGUAUGUGCUUUUCAUUUCAGGCAGCACGAAUCUGAUGCGACGCGACCGGACGAUCCUCAUCGAGAAGAGCACGACGAUCUUCUUGAUCUCCUCCUGUUCAGCCGGCAGGUUUUCGCCGGGAACAGUUCAACAUCAGAGGACACUACAAGUCGCGAAGCCACGAGUCAGCAGGCCCAAAACGAGGAGCGCUCCGAAGUGCGGCUAGAGUUCAACCCAGUGCUGCGCAAGGACGAGCAGUUUUUGGCUCGGUAUUUUGGCGCUCUACAGGAUGCUCACCUGGCGCAGAAACAGUUUCGUCCAACUUUGCACCAGCUAUUUUACAACGAUGAAAUGGGCCGCCGUCUGCGAGAAGGAGGAGCCGCAGGCAGCAGCUAUUUGCAACAGAGUUUGCUGCGACAGAAACGUAACGAUCGAACGAAGCCGAUGGAUAUUUUGCUGAAAAAGGUGUGGAGCACACCACUGCCCGAUGCGCCGAUGGUCAUCCGGAAUUGGUCACCUUGCGUUGUAGGAGCGCGCAUCUACCGUUUAGGCGAGUCGCCGUUGGAUCGGGACCCCGCGCACUCUGGGUCUGGUCGCAUGUCGUAUUUUUUUGCCGGGUUGCCGGCGUGGAUGCGCAUGCUGAUGGAUCCAGUACCCCUUACGCAGACCCGGAUCAAGCCAAACAGCGAAUGGAUAAUCCGACCACCGUCACGAAAAGAUGUAAUCCAGGCAGGGGGGAAAAGAGGAAGAACCACGACUGGUGAUUCCGCUGCAGAAAAUAGGGCCUCUGCAUCGUCAGCAAUUGCAUAUUCAAAUCAAAGUAAACACCAAACGAGGAAGAAAGGCGGAAAAAACAGGGGUGAUUUGUUUGAAGAAAGUAAUUGGGAUCCUCUGGCAAUCAGUCCGACGGAUUACGAAUUCGAAUUGAUCAUUUUCAGCAUGGAUGGGAUCGUUUUAGACGAGUACGUCUUGUCGAGAGGAGAGACGUACGACUUCGACGUCGAGCGGCCUCCGAGACCGCCGGCAACCAUCUCGCAGUAUCGGCCACCACAAGCAGCUUUGAAAAAUAUAAUUGCUACAAGUCAGGCCGACGCGAGAAGCGGAGAAGAUCAUGCUGCGAGUCACGAUGGAGAUCUUUAUCAAGCGAGUCAACUUCGGCGGCGGUUGCACGAUGAGCUCGUCGAGCUCGGCGAAGUUGAGUCCAACAACGUCCAUCCUCGCUACCCUUCGAAAACAUCCAGUAGUAGCUACGGUAACUACGAUGACGCGGCAACUGCAGUGGUCUUUACCGGAUCCUCGAAAGCGUCCUCCUCGACGAGCAAAGUUACAAGUAGCGAUGGACAACACACAGCGCUGUUAGGAGGGGUGUCGAGUCGCGGCACGACGAAAGCAGGCGCACAUUCGACCACAGGUAGACUGACUCCACGAACAACUGCAACUGGACAGCGACAAGGGUUCUUCUAUUAUCCAGAGGAGGUUGCUGCGUCUGCUGCCAUCGCGCCUAGUACUAGUGCACCGGCACCAGAGCAUGAGAGGAAAAAGAUCAAGAAGGAGCGGCUACUGCCACAUUCUUCAGACGAAGAAGAUGAGAUUCACAUUCAGGAGACGAAUAAUUAUGGCAGAGACCAUCAAAAAGAUCACGUUCUUGAUGAUGACAGUGCGCAGCCACCAGGAGAUUACACCUUGAGAGCUUCCGUGGUAAAGAUACCCCCAUCUGCGCCGACCGUUGCCCGUCGUUGGCGACGUCUUCCACCACGCGUACUUCUCGAGUCGUUUCCGAACUGGCCAGAGUAUACUUUGUGCCCGAAGUGCUUUCGGCAGAUGGAUGCCACUUUUGGAUGCCGCAGUUUACCUCGAGAGCUUUACUUUCAAGGUGUAGACUGCAAUUGCUGUGCUGCUAAGCGGCUAGACGUUAACCCAGAGUAUCUAGACCAGAAUGGAAGUUUCUGUCGCUACGAGGAAAUUCCACCUACCAUGGCAGAAAAAGUCGGGGCGGCUGUGGCAAACGUCGGUCACGCAGUUGCCGCUGCUGUGGGGAGCCUGCUUUCGUGGAACAAGCAAAAUGACCCAGCACGACGCGGAGGAGCUCUUGCAGAAGAUGUGGGCGAGCAGUUGCGACUGAAAAAAGAGCCUGGCAGCUCUGCUCAAGCGACACACGAAAUCAAACUUGGUGAAACAGGUCGUGAAGACGAGGAAACAGAUGACGAAGACGAUUCGUGGAGCGAAUACGAUACAAAAGAAUACAGCUUUUCUCACAUCGAAGAUAGGGAAAAACAAGGCGACUCGAGUAGUUGUAUGACAACUUCCGAUGUGCAACAAUCUGUCUUUCAUCUACGGUCUGAUAUCCUCACUUCCACGAUGAGCCAUGACAACCUUAACCUCUCGAGCCUCGUUGUGGCUGCAGCUGGUAAGCGAACCGGUGGCGACUCGAAGAAGGACCGGAACAAAGCCCAAGACGAAAAUAAUGCGGCGAAAAGAGGGAAAGCUUGGCAGAUGACACGAAAAAGACGCAGAAACAUGACGUCAAGCAGCAUGCUAAAAGAAAAGACUUCUCCACUCUUUUAUGAAGACGACGGCGCGCAUGUUGAGGUUGACGAGGAAGAUGAUGACGAGCUCCGAUUUGAUAAGACACGGAAGCUCCUGUCACGUCUGGUCAGGCCGGUCGUCCGAAGACUGAUUCCAGACGAACGGUCACUAGAAAAAAAUGCUCUGCUCCCCCGUCCGGACUCCGAGCAAGAGAACCAGCAGCCAUUUUUCCACUGUCCACGCUGCAAUUUCGACCUCUGUAAGCCAUGUGCGGUCCAGCAACUUCGCGAGCAUUGGUGGAAAGAGUAGCUCGAGAAGAACGGGGUCGCGCCGAGACGAAAAUUUGGUGCUAAUAAGUUGCGAAUCUUGAUUUCCUAGAAACAAGAACGUGAAGGAGUAAAGAGGGGAGUUCUCCUUGUUCAAUGACAUGAUUCACCCGGAAACUUCUACUUCUUACUUAGGCAAUACUUAAGGCUGCUCAUCACGUUCAACUUCAACAUGACUCCUUGAAUGACCGCUUUUCUGAUUACUGAUGCGAUGCGAAGCAUCAGUAC